AUGUCCAUGGAGGACCCCUUCUUCGUGGUGAAAGGGUGAGUGGGCGCCGAGGAGGGCAGGCCUCUCUCUCGCUCCUCCAGGCCUCGCUCUCCCCGGGGUGGUCGGCCUGCGCCCGGGAGGUUCCCGGGGACUCCGCGGCCCACACGAGGAACCAGGGCCGGAGGAGACGUGGAGAGCGCCGCUCUCCUCCCCGCGACGGGGCAGCUGCGAGGGGCGGGCAGAUUUAACGGAUAAAUGAUAAUUCAUCAAUAAGCAUCGUUAUAUUAGCUGCUGCUGCUACUACUAUUACAAUUAUUAUUAUUUAACAGAGCAGCAGUAGUAAUAAUAAUAAUAAUAAGCAUCAUUAUAUAAACAAAAACAAUUAUUAUUUGACAACAGCAGCAGUAAUAAGAAGCAUCAUUAUAUAACCAAAAUAAUUAUUAUUUGACAACAGUAAUAAGAAGCAUCAUUAUAUAAACAAAACAAUUAUUUAACAACAGCAGUAAUAAUAAGCAGCAGUAUAUAAACAAAAACUAUUAUUUGACAACAGCAGUAAUAAUGAGCAGCAGUAUAUAAACAAAAACUAUUAUUUGACAACAGCAGUAAUAAUAAGCAGCAGUAUAUAAACAAAAACUAUUAUUUGACUGCAGCACUAAUAAUUUGCAUCAUUAUAUAAACAAAACAAUUAUUAUUUAACAACAGUAAUAAUAAGCAUCAGUAUAUAAACAAAAAUAUUAUUUGACAACAGCAGUAAUAAGAAAAAGCAUUGUAUUAACAACAAUAGUUAUUACUGUUAUUAUUUCACAACAACAAUAGUCACGCUGCUACUAAUGACUGGGCUGCCAUAUUUCCAGGGGCAAAAAAGAGGACGCAUUUGCCGACUUCUACUUUAACCAUGGAUCCCUUUGACAACAUUUUACAUACCCAGGAAAGAAAGAGGACAUAUGGCAACCCUAAUUGGUGGCCUGAUCGAGCAGGGCUCUUAACUGUGCUGUGAGGACAGGGUGCUGGGCUUGGAUGUAUGUUGCCUUGGGACUGAUAGAUUUAACAGAUAAUGAUAGCAGUAAUGACAGUAGUAAUAAUGAUAAUGGUAAUACUAGUAGUAGUAAUAAUAAUAAUGACCCUCUUCCUGAUGGUUUGCUGCCUGCCUUGGUUCAGGAAGGGUUGCCCGGGUCUGGGUCCUGAGGGGGACAUGGACAGCGCUGUGGAAAUGGCACAUUUUUUAGUACUGCAUCUGCUCCCAUUUUCCCCCUCCCAUUGUGCGUUCAUUCAUAGCCUUUUGGUUAUAGCCCUCAGGAAUGCACCCAUCAUUUUAUGAGCAUUUUGCUGACCCAUGGGCAUUUAUGAGACUAAAGACUGAAACAGGGUUGCUGAUACUCUGUCAUUUUUCGUGUCCAUCACGUUUUUUGAAAGAUCAUCAUGUUCAGUGAAGGAGAUUAAAGUUUUUCAUGAUGAUCUUAAUUCUCAGCCUAUCAUUAGAAUAUGGAUUUGAUGGUCACAAGAGUCUCACACAUUAGCAUCUGGGUUCCCCGAGUUUCCAGCAAGCAUAUUUUUCCUUCUUCAGAACUAGCUGUGUGAAAGAUGCAUAUAAAUUGAAAAGAUGAUUCUACAAAGCAAAUUAUAAGGACAAAGUUAUGCAUUCUUUGAAAGCUUGACAUUCAGGGGUUUUAAGGACAGAAUCGAAAGUGUUUCAAUUGAACAUAACUUGACAUGCUAAUGAUUGCCUAGAGAUGUUUGUUAAAUUUGUAGGAAAAUGAAGGGACACACAAUUGUUUGUGACAGAAGGAUGAGGAUAAGUUCAUGAAUAGCAAACUCCCUAUCUAGUGAAAAUAUUGUUCUAAAAAGUUAAACAUGGAAAUUAGCAUUGUUUAGCAAUUGUGAAUCUUUCCAACAUAGUUUGUCCACAGUUAGAUCUGGCGUCAUUGACAUGUUACCUGAAAUGAAAGUCCUCAACCCCUCACUCACCUCAACCUGCCUUUCAACUAAUUGCUUUUAGAUGUUUUUAAUUGUAAUUGUUGUUAGAAUGUUUUAACUGCUUUAGAGUGUUUUUUUUUGUUUUUUGGUGUAUCUGUUUGUCACCCUGGGAUCCUUUGAGAGGAAGAGCAGGAUUUAAAUAAAUAAUUUCAACUUGCUGGAUAUUGGUGCAUUUCACUCCUGUAGGUGAUGGUUGGAAGUUUAGGUCAGAAUGAAUUUCUCUUCAAGUACACCUCUUAAAUCCACUUUGAAAGCUUUGUCUAGCAUGAGCAAAGAGGCAAGAACAGUGCACAAGUUGUAUACUGGGAGCCAUGUGGGAAUAGCAUUUCCAAAUAUAGAGAACAGGGACUAGAAUUGAUAGCUAACUAGAGGUGAAAUAUGUUUGGCUUUUACCAUUUUCAGAAAAUUAAGGAUUCAAAAAAGGACGUUGUAAAGUGAUGUUUGUAAUGUUUCUCUUCUAACUGAGGAGAGAGCAUAGAUAUCUCUGAGCUGUACUGAAUAGUCUAAACGUUGACUAUAAUGGUAAGCUGACCAGAAAAGUAUUCAGAAAGUAUGUUAGUGAAAAGCAUGCUAAAGACCCAGAAACUAGUUAAGUCAUCCAGGUCAGUGAUUUAUUUUCCUAAUGCUAACAGGGCUGAUUUGCACACUCUGCACAUCUAUUGCUUUGCGUAGUAUAGAGGUGGGAAGGUAUCUCUUUCUCCACUGCACAUAGAAAGGCAGCCUUUGAUAGACAUAAAGGUUCAACUAUCCUAUCUUGCUGUCUUCCCAUAGCUGUUGCAAAAAAAAUUAACAAAUUGGAACUGCAACCACAAUUAUCUUCUGUAGAUGGUGUAUGCACACAGAUUUCUCUUGCAUGUGAGAAACAUUAGGCUGAGGAGGUAGUAUAUGAACUGGCUCAUAUUUGUUGCAUACAUACACCAGUAUUUUCAAGGCGAGGCAUCAAAUGAUUUGUAUUUUAAUAUAGGCAACUAAGAACAUUGUUGUAUAAGCGCAGAUGCUCAGCAGUUGUAAGUUGACACCUGUAUAUAAAUAAUUAUGAGGCCACCUAGCAAAUUUUAAUGUUCUAUUGUGUUCAUUUUCCAUUCAAUUCCAGGGAAGUUCAGAAGGCAGUAAACACUGCACAGGGGCUGUUCCAGAGAUGGACAGAACUCCUGCAAGAUCCAUCCACCGCUACAAGAGAAGAAAUAGACUGGACCACUAAUGAACUGAGGAACAACCUAAGGAGCAUUGAGUGGGAUCUUGAAGACUUAGAUGAAACUAUUAAUAUCCUUUGGGUUUUCAGAUGUAUAAAUACAGAAACCUACAUUGUACUUACCCAGAUGAUUUUGGCACAAAGUUACUCAGUUCAACAAAUAAGCAAGUUUUGGUAUAACAUGUCAUCUUGGGCGCGUUGUUGAAACCAGAAACUUAAUUCUUCUCACACCACAAAUUAUUCUUUACAGUGUGUGUUCAUGUUUGUUCUCCCAUAUGCUAUCAUUUAAGAUAAGAAAGCAUUAGAGGCAAAAUUCUUUAUUAGCUAUAAUAUCUACUCACUCAAAUGGCAUCAAAAUUGUUCAAAUUUUAAUUCUGAGUAUUUUAAGUAAAAGUUUUUCAGUCCAAAGGCCCUCCAAGGGGUGUACAAGAAUAUAAUUUUAUUUUAUCAAAAAACCAAAUCUGUUGUUAAAAGAUGACAUAUACACUCAGCACAUAUCCUGAAAAAUGUUUCUAGAAUGCAUGCCUCCUUUUUUUCUCUUUGUGUAGAAAAAGUAAUUGAUUUUCAAAGGCCGCAUUAAGAAUGGCUAUAUGUUAUGUAGGAACUGUAUCUCAAAUAUAGUUUCCUUUACUGACUAUUCCCAACGCAUUGUUGAAGCAAACCCUCGAAAAUUCAACCUUGAUGCAACAGAGCUAGGAGUAAGAAAAGCCUUCAUCACAAGCACACGACAGGUGGUCAGGGUAAGGUGUUUGGCUUUCCUAAGUCUGAGGAGGCGACUGCAUACAGAACAAAGAAAUCACAGCUUCUUGUGUCUUAAAGUGUUUAGUACGCUUGGUUGGAGCAAGGCAGGUCAUAAGGGCCACUCACAGAGCAAUCCUUCCCAUAAGACAGUCCAAUUUUAUUUAGGAUUGCAGCUUUCAUCUUCUAAUGUUAGACAGCAUUACAAACAUACUUGUACUAAUAAAAUGUUAUACUUUAAAAUAAAUAUCCAGGCAUUGAGAAGCUCUUAACAGCUGUUAUUGUGGAUAGAUGCCUUUUUGUUUGUUUGUUUGUUUUAGUUUUGUUAAAAAAACAACACUGCCCAGUAUACAAUAGAGCAUCUUUAUUUUAAAAAUUAGCAUGUCUAACUUAUGGUAACAUCAGAAUAAACUUCUUAUUCUUUAUUUCUUUACUAAACAGGAUAUGAAGGAUCAAAUGUCAAACACUUCUGUUCAAGCACUGGCUGAAAGGAAAAACAGGCAGGUCAGUAUUGCUGCUAGAUUGCCUUCGGACUUGACUGCAGAAUUUGUGAGAUAUGGCUGGGCCAUUUGUAUUAGGUAUGAGCAUUUAAAGAUUGUGUGUUGAUCAUGCUUCAUAAAGAAACCCCAUGUUUCAGAGCAUGACUUACCGUAUUUUUCGUCCUAUAGGACACACCGGCUCAUAGGAUGCACCUAGUUUUUUGGGGGGGAAAUAAAGGGGGAAAAAAUUCCUUUAUUCCCCCCCCCCCCAAACCAGGUCGGGGAACAGCGGUAUGGCGGCGCUCCACCUCCCCGCUGUCCCCCGAGCUUGUGGGGCUGCGGAUAUCUGCCCGGCACGCGGGGCGCUCUGCUUCAGGGUGCCCCGCGCGCCGGGCAGCAGGCUGCUAUCCGCAGCCUAGGGAGCCCUGCGGGAACUCCCGUGGGCUUCCCAGGCUUGCUGAUAGCUUCCUGAAGCCUGGAGAGCGAGAGGGGUCGGUGCGCACCGACCCCUCUCGCUCUCCAAGCUUCAGCGAAAGCCUGUAUUCGCCUCAUAGGACGCACACAGAUUUCCCCUUCAUUUUUGGAGGGGAAAAAGUGCGUCCUAUAGGGUGAAAAAUACUGUACAUCCUUGCUCAGAAGGUGCAACGAGCCUGCAAAAAAUAGGAGAACAUUUUCUUCUGUCCUGCCUGUUUGAAUUACCAAACUCUGUUCACACAUGUGUGGGAAGGAGGAGUUUGUUUUCCUUAUGUCAAUCUUCCCCAAUGAAGCAAAUGCAGCAGUUGCCUAAAGAUAAUUGUAACUCUUCCUUCCCAGAAAUGGCCAUAGUUUUGUAUUUUGUAGGAUAGAUAGGAGUGGGUCUGGGACAGCUUAUUCUCCUUUCUCCUCUGCCACAGCGGGGGCAAGGUGAUGGUAAGUCAGUCCCCAGAGUCUCUCUUGCACUUGCUGACCAUGAUGGUGGUGGAUUGAAGCCCCCUUCCUCUCCUCAGAAUUUAAAACAAACAAACAGAAGACUUCAAAGGGUCAUGUGAAAUUCUGCUGCAACAGGAAAUCUUAACCACAUCUUCUGUUGGGAGCUCCCCUGUGGAGCUUGUCCUAGUAGGGCACCGACCACAAGGCCACACUUGCCAUUGAAUAAUUAGGAGCACAUUUUAAGGCUACUGGUUGUUCCUUUGCAGUUGUGGCUUUACCUGCUGUUCUUCUUAACAUAGGAAAAGUCAGCUUCCAUAGCAAGCUGCUUGAAAAUCAAAAGACAGUGAAAGAGGAACGGCAUGUCAGGUGCACAGCAUUCAAAAGAUGCCCAGACACGUUGCUUGACCCUUUUUUAAAAGUCUGGUUCUGGGAAUGUGUUGUGAUCUGACUGAGUUGUGAGAUUUUUUUUUAUACGCAGAAACGGCUCACUUGUUCCCCCUUUGUUCAAUGAUGUGCAGGUCCUUCUGGGAGAAAGUGGAACUCAUGGCUGGAGUUCUGGGGCUGACAAGUACGGCCGCUUGGAUCGCGAAAUGCAGUCGGUAAAUUCCCACUUCAUUGAGGAGCAGCAAGCACAGCAACAGGUAGAAUGUUUCCUAUGGACAGCUUCGUCUUUCAUAUAUCUGUGUGUGCGCGCGCACGCGCAAUCAGAGACAGACAUCCACUGACGUUGGAGGAUUUCCAGAGAAGCUUUGGCCUCAGGACUGAUGUGUUCUCUAGGACACACAGGCACAACUUUUCCUAGCUCAGUUAAGGAACCAGGAUGAAGAGGGAAGGAGUAGAGGAAAUUAGGGGACAGGGAAACUCCUGCAGUCCUCUAGGAGAUGGAUUCAUGGGGUGCAAGUGACUAAAAAGUGACCACUAACCUCUUCCAUCUGUUCUGUUGUUUAUGUUCUGGCAAGUUAGAUUACUGUGGUGGGUGGGGUUAUUGGGUUGUUUUGUGUUCAAAUUUUGUAUUUUUAUGUUGUGAAUCGCCCUGCAAUCUUCAGGAGAAGGAUGGUACACAAAUUUAACAAAUAAAAUAAAAUAAAUAACAUUGCUAAAGACCAAGCUUCUAGCAGAGUUGUUAUACAUCUUCCUGAAAAACACCGGUAAUUUCACCCAGUUCAAAUAAACACAUAUUGAAAGGUAAAGGACCCCUGACAAUUAAGUCCAGUCACCGACGACUCUGGGGUGGUGCCGCUCAUCUCGCUUUACAGGCCGAGGGAGCCGGCGUUUGUCCGCAGACAGUUCUUCCAGGUCAUGUGGCCAGCAUGACUAAGCCGCUUCUGGCAAAACCAGAGCAGCACACGGAAACACUGUUUACCUUCCCACCGGAGCGGUACCUAUUUAUCUACUUGCACUUUGGGGCAUGCUUUCGAACUGCUAGGUUGGUAGGAGCAGGGACCGAGCAACGAGCGCUCACCCCGUCACAUGGAUUCAAACCGCCGACCUUCUGAUCAGCAAGCCCAAGAGGCUCACAGCGCCACCCGUGUCCACAUAUUACUGAGAGUCAAAGCAGACGAUGCUCAAAUGCAAACAAAGGAAUCCAGUCUUCCUCUGAGCAUGCAUAGCUUAAUAUUGAGGUAUCAGUACCUUUCAGAAAGGGAGACGUUCUGGAAAGGGAGUUUGGGACAUGAAACUGGGAGCAGACUUUCUGGCUGGAAGUUCUGUACUUUUUCUUUAAAGGUAGUCCUUAGAGCCCUUAAUAAGGGACGUGGGUGGCGCUGUGGGUUAAACCACAGAGCCUAGGGCUUGCCGAUCAGAAGGUCGGCGGUUCGAAUCCCCGCGACGGGGUGAGCUCCCGUUGCUCGGUCCCUGCUCCUGCCCACCUAGCAGUUGGAAAGCGCGUCAAAGUGCAAGCAGAUAAAUAGGUACCGCUCCGGUGGGAAGGUAAAUGGCGUUUCCGUGCGCUGCUCUGUUUCGCCAGAAGCGGCUUAGCCAUGCUGGCCACAUAACCCGGAAGCUGUACGCUGGCUCCCUCGGCCAAUAAAGCGAGAUGAGCGCUGCAACCCCAGAGUUAGCCAUGACUGGACCUAAUGGUCAGGGGUCCCUUUAAGAGGGGUCUCUUAGAGCAGCCUUUCCCAGCCUUCGGAAAUUUAGGACUACAUCUCUCAUUAUCCCUGACUGUUUUCUAUGCUGUCUGGGGCUGGUGGAAGCUGUACUCCACCUGGAAGUCUUCUCUAGAUGCUCAAGAAAUUAAGAUUGGAUGUGUAGAGGGGUGCUAUCAGUACUUUUGGCUGCCAAUUGCAGUUGCAUAUCAUGAGUUUUAACUACAUAAAUCCCAUCCUCUUUUCUGGGUACCAGUUAAUCAUCGAACAGCAGGAUGAACAGUUGGAGCUGGUCUCUGGCAGCAUUGGUGUAUUAAAGAAUAUGUCCCAGCGUAUUGGAGGAGAGCUAGAUGAACAAGCAGUGUGAGUAUUUGAAUAUAACAUGUUGCUAGCCACUGUGGAGAACAAAGCACUAGAUGAGAUGAGCUUUUGGUCGCAUCCACCAGGGCUUUUUUAAGUACAGUACUCGGCCAGCACCAAAAGCAAUGUGACGAAUUCAGUGUAGUGCUAUGGCAAUUCUUCCGUCAGUCCAAGCAUUUCAGCUUGCCAAACAGAACGAUCUUUUCUCUCCUCCCCUCCUCUCCUGUUCGGUGAGAGGGGGUGUUGUUUCUCCUGACAUCCAGCCCCAAACAAGUUUGGGGUGUCUGCAGUGGGGUGGGAGGAGGAAUCUAUGAUUCUAUGAUUCCAACUCUAUGAUUCUAUGAAUCCCCGUUGUGUCAAGUGGAAGUCCUUGCGUGGGUUUCUGCUAGCAGUGACUCAAAUUAGUUGAAUUCAGCCCCCCAAAAUAGCCUAGGCCAAGAUCCACCAGAUUGUCUGGCAUUUAUCAAGAAUUUUGACUUUUUAGUCCUGUUUAUUUUCCUGUGAUCUGGCAGGUAGGAGGACAUAAGAUAUAUUUCUUCUGUUUGACCUGCAGUAUUAUAUGCUAAAUCUUUGAAGGCAAUGUCACCUUGGCUUGUGUUUCACCUUUAACCCAAGCUUUUAAUUAUAAUAGUGAAGUGUAGAAUGAACAGUGAGAGAGACUCAACUAUGUUUGGGGAGGAGGCAUGUGGAGAUGAGCCUCAGCAGAAGAUACUGGAGCAUGGGCAGGUUGGGAAUGGGCAUUCCUCCAGUUAUUUGGGUCCCAAGUUGUUUGGGUCUUCUGCAACUCAGUUAAAGACAAAACAAAACAAAACCUUGGUGGCUCCCACCUCAUAACUAUUCCCCCAUGUAGUUGCCAGAUUUUUGUAACAAACUCUUCUCCCACGCUUCUCCUAUGCUAGUCUGAUGUACCCCGCUCUCUUCUUGUGGUUCUAGCAUGUUGGAUGACUUUUCUCAUGAGCUGGACAGCACUCAGACACGACUAGAUAACGUUAUGAAGAAACUUGCAAAAGUGUCCCAUAUGACCAGUGGUAAGUAGCCUGAAGUAGAAAUGGCUGAUGUUAAAAUGUUAAGUCAUUUGUUAUUGCAGGGGGCUCAACUAGGACAUCACCACUCAUGAGCAAGAAUCAUUUUAAGCUGAUACAGGUAGGUGCCAGACCUUGUUUCUUCUGCUAGUGCCAUCCAAGCAGACUACUUGUCCCAGACCUGUAAUGGUUGGAAUUCUAAGGCAGCUGGUAUAGGCCUGAGAUACUCUGGAAACUUUCUUUCUUUCUUUCUUUCUUUCUUUCUUUCUUCCCCAGCCACUCUGGGCGGCUUCCAACAAAAGAUUAAAAAUACAUUAAAAACAGCAGCAUAGCACUGCAUUUAGAAGAAAGCAGGUGCUAUAUCAAAUCCAUUUUAGUGUAUAUGAUGCAGAGUAAUUAUUUGUUUCCAGGGACGCAUGCAACAUGAUAGACAUACUCUUCAUUCACAAUCUUGUGAAAUGCCAACUGUUCACUAUCCCUGAGUGUCUUUAGCUGGAGACUGAAGAGAAAAGGCUUUAGAAACCUGUGCUUGAAAAAAAACCCAGAAAAAAAGAAACCUGUGCUCAGGUAGUUUGACUUGUGUGUCUACCGCUAAGGAGCUUCACAAUCCUUUAUAUCAUUUCUAUUUUGUGUGUUUUACAGUGGUUGCAUAUUCAAUAACUAAACUUCAGAGAUAUUUGAAUGGUUUGAGGUUUCCAGCUGCUACCUGAUUCCCAGAGUGUGGAGUAAAAUUGUGUCCUGCUUUUCCUGCUGCAAGUUUUAGAAACUAGAUGCAGCUCUGUUUAUGUGGAAGCAUUUACUUUGGGGAAUUGCUUUUCCAGCUGCACCUGUAGGCACAAUAUGAACACAGCUUCUUGAAAUUCUUACUGCACACAUUUCCAAGCUUCUCUAUUUGUUCUUCUUGUUGAGGGAUACUAAGAGCAGCAGCUCAGCUGCCAUAUGCCAGGCCCUUCUGGGAUCUUAGUCUUGGAAAGGGAUUAUGGACCAGCACCAGAGAGAAGGAGGGAAUGCAUUGUGAAUCAAGGAGUUUGCCUACCAAGGACCCUAUCGUUUGUUACAUGAAUUCUCCUGACAUCUGAUCGAACUGUUCCAAAUACAGCCGUUUCUUUAAAAAGACAUAUAACAACACCAUGUCUUCUCUUGCUGCUGGCUUUUCUCGCCUCAGUUAGGCUCCUAGCACUGUAGCACAUGGAAAGCUUCUCUCAUGGCAGCAGAGAACUAAUCCGUAUGUGUUCUAUUGCAGAUCGGCGACAGUGGUGUGCAAUUAUCAUUCUCUUCGCUAUCCUGCUGGUGGUGCUUAUUCUGUUUUUUGUGCUGUGA